UUCCAUGGAGGGAUUCGUGAGGGGCGGCGACGAAUCCACAUCCAGUGGCGCGGCAUUCCAAGAAAAGGAGCGGCGGAGCGGAAGGGACUCGCGGCAGCACGCCAGGAUCUCCGAUUCUAACAUCGGAUUCCAGCUCCUGAAGAAGGCGGGAUGGAAAGAGGGCACCGGACUCGGUGUUGCGGAGCAAGGGCAGCUAAAUCCGCUAGAAACGCAUCAGAAGCUCGAUAAGCGGGGGAUUGGGGCCGAGAGGAGGAAGAAAGAGAAGAAGAUUGAUACAGGGCAGGCAGUGGAGGAGGCGAAUUCCAAGCCAAAGCCAAAGAAGAAGAUCGUUUCCAAGGCUGCCAAGAGAGUUGCCGUGGAGGAAGCCAAGUUUCGUGAACAGGAGUUUGCCAUAGCGUUUUAUCGUGAGUGGGACUAUUGAAGCAUGACAGGAUCAGUGCCGCUGCGAGCUCUUUAGAUUUGGAUCGAUGUUCCAAGCAGAAAAGAAGAACUUGAGGUGAGUGAUUCUUUUUCUCGUUUGUUUUUUUGUUGUCACAAGUGAAGAUCGAUGCAGUAAAAUCGCUUGAAUCGAUUGAAACAACGUUGCCGAAGCGAAUUUCUCCAUCUCUGUAAAUUUUCCCGAAUUGCGAUCGAUGAAAAGAUCGAUGCAGUUAAAUCGCUCGAUUGAAUCGAUUGGAACAUUUUUUAUCUCUGUAAUUUCUUGAGUUAAUUUAAGAGAAUAUUCUACGUGUAAAA